CAUUAUUGUUCAUUCCUAGUCUUAUCGACCAGGAAAGGUUCGAAUGCCGCGCCGUUUGUGGGCAUACUCAUUCAUAGUUCAUGAAAAUUUAUUACCCCACUUCGAUAAGCGACGCUCUCGACUCGGCUCUUUACCCUCACUCAUUAUCGUACCAUCCACACUUGACGGAUGUCCUCGCUAGUACGUGCAAACUCAGCAUACCGGGUUCAUGCGACCUCUGCUCGUCUUGCAGCUCGGCAAUGGAGAUACAACAGCUCGGUGACAACAACGCGAAGGCCACCUAGGACGCUGCCAGCUUUUUCUAUGGAGAACAAAGUCUCUCUCGUCACUGGCGCUGCUCGUGGACUCGGUAAAGAAUUCUGUCGUGCCUUCGUUCAAUCAGGCUGCACAAGCCUCGCACUUUUUGAUCUGGACGAGUCGGAAGCGAAGAAGGCUGCCAAAGAACUCACCGAAAUGGCAUGCGUUAAUAGCGACGUGAAGAAAGAGGACGUGAAGAUCAUUGGUGUCAAAUGUGAUGUUUCGUCUGAAACUGCGGUUCAAAAGGCGUUUGCGGAGGUUAUCGAAACGUUUGGUCGAGUAGAUUCUGUCGUAGCUUCUGCAGGUAUCGUCGAGAACUACCUUGCACUCGACUAUCCUUUCGAUCGUAUAAAGCGCUUAUAUGACAUCAACGUACACGGAGCGUUCUUCACUGCUCGUGAGGCGGCACGUAAGAUGAUUCCGUUGGGUGGUGGUUCCAUCAUUUUUAUUGCCAGUAUGAGUGCCAACAUUAUCAACAUUCCGCAGCCUCAAACGCCAUACAACGCUUCUAAAGCGGCUGUAAAACAUAUGGCUGCAAGUUUGGCAGUAGAGUGGGCGAAGAAGGGAGUAAGAGUAAAUGUAUUGAGUCCUGGGUACAUGGCGACUAACAUUACGAAGACCAUUCUCAGGCAGGAUCCAGAGCGCAAGAAAAUAUGGGAGACCAUGACACCUAUGGGAAGGAUUGGUGAACCCGAAGAUCUAGCGGGAGCUAUUGUCUACCUAGCCAGCGACGCCUCUCGGUUCAUGACCGGUUCAGAAAUGCGUGUCGACGGUGGUUACUGCAUAAUCUAAACUCUCAACGCAAUCACGCGUAUCCAACGCCACAAAUUAACAGCGAUACUAGAGCUACAUUAUGAUGGUGUACAUAUUUUUCACACCCAGAUCACAACUUCUCAGCUGUAGCACCGGCAUGUGCAAGGAAGGAAC